GAUAAAUCUGAACAACUGAAUAUUCUAAUGACAUAUCUAACGGAACAGGAAAACUCGUCCACACCGUAGAAUUCGUCUCCAACAGAGAAACUGCAGAAAGAGUUGAACUUUAAGCUUUGUGUGUAGGUGGUGAGAGGCAGUAGCCGAAGAAAUUGAAGAUGGCGCUGUGGAUGGAAAAGGGUUCGGAGCCCUUAACGGAAAGCGAGAAGGCUGACCUUGAAGCCAUUGCUGCACUCAAAGAGUCUGCUGCCUUUGAAUUCAAGGAAAAGGGUAACCAAUAUGUGAAGAUGGGUAAGAAGCAUUAUUCUGAUGCCAUUGAUUGCUACACAAGGGCAAUUGAUCAGAAGGCAUUGGGUGACUCUGAGACCUCUAUUAUUUUUUCAAAUAGAGCCCACGUGAAUUUGCUGCUAGGAAAUCUUAGACGUGCUCUCGUAGAUUCUCAAGAGGCCCUCAAGUUGUGCCCUUCAAAUAUAAAGGCAAUUUAUAGAGCUGCCAAAGCUUCCCUUUCACUAAAUAUGUUGGCUGAAGCAAGAGAGUAUUGUCUGAAGGGUCUUCAGUUGGACCCCAAUAAUGAGGAUUUGAAGAAGCUUGACAGACAGAUUGAUCUGAAGAUAUCAGAGAAGGAAAAACAUGAGGCUCAAGUCUCGAAGGCUGUUGCAGAGGCAAAAGACCUUGUGUCUGCUAUAGAAUAUAGAGGCUUGAAGAUCGGAAAGGCAAUGUAUCGAGAACUUACUGGAUUAAAGAAACCUGUGCUGGAUAAAAGUAAUAUCCUUCAUUGGCCUGUUGUUCUUCUGUAUGCAGAGGUUAUGUCUAGUGACUUCAUUGAGGAUUUCUGCGAGACUGACAUGUUUUCGGUUCACCUUGAUAUGAUGUUUGCAGAAGAUCAGCCUUUGUCAUGGGAUGUUGAAAACAACUACAAACGUGAAUUAAUUGAAUUAUACUAUGAGGCUGGUUCUGGACAUUGUCUAUCGAAGGAAAAACUUCUUUGUUGUCUAUUAGAAGGAACUGCAGCUGCUCACAGUGAUAGUGUUGGUGAUGAAGAGAAAGAUGCUGUUGAGGAUUAUAAGCAACAAACGGGUUCCCCAAAAUGGAUCAAAGUGAAUGAAAGGAGGACACUCCAUGAUGUUCUCAAAGAGCCUAAUUUCAUCAUUCUUGGGAUCCCAGUCUUCUAUGUUAUAUCGAAGAGAUCCAGCUUUUACAACAAGUUCAAAGCUGGAAAGUGGGCUCCUCCAAAUGUAUGAAGGAAGAAACAAGCAUUGGUUUAAAGGUUGAAUGUUUCAAACUGAAAGUCUUGAAGAUUGCUUGUAGUUCUUCCAACUGUUUGUAUUUCCUUUUAAACUAGAGUUACCUUCCAAUUAUUGAAGUUGUUUGGUGAGUGAAAGAUGUUAGGCAGGUCUAGUGGCCAAUGAUAGUACUAAAAUACGAGGAAUCUCCCUUGAAUGAGUUCAAAUAUUCUCCCUUCUUACGUAGUCAACAAAGUACAAUGUUAUGUAGCAUUUAUUUUUUUGGCACAAAUGUAUAAUUUGAUAAGUUUUGUUAUAGACUUUUAUAAGUUCUUGUUGCAUAGUUUUCAUUA